UUCGCUCGCUCGCUCGGCUUCUCUUCUCCUCGCCUUCCGUUUCCGCUCCUCCAAUCCCAAUCCUCCACCACGCCUCGCCUCGCCUCUUCUCGCCGCACCGGAAGCCCCAACCAAUGCCCGCCUCCCCGCUCGCCGCGGGCGACGCCGCCUCCACCUCCUCCGCCGCCGGCCCCGCCGAUGACGACGACCGCGUCUUCCUCGUCCUCCACCGGUGGUGGAGGGAGGCGCAGGAAGGGGCCGGGAUCGACGCGCACGGGGUGCCCUACGCCGCCGCGCCCGCGGGGCCCACCUCCUACGGGAUGAAGGUGCUCAGCUUGCUCAUGAGCGACCACACCGCCUUCACCCUCCGCCGCGCCGACGGCCUCGCCGCCCCACAGCCGCAGCAGCCCGCCCAAGGCGCCGCUGCCGCCAAGGGGGGCCUCGGCGUCGCCGGCGGAAGCGGCGGGGCCAGGAGCUACGCGCUCGUCGCCGCCGACCUCUUCGGGAAGGCCCGGGCAUGGCACUUGGAGUCUGCCAAGUCUAAUGGUAAAGGUUCGUUGCUUACUGAAGAGACAUCUGUAAACAUUUACCCUAUAAUGCUUAGAGUUUCGGUCACUCGAGGUACAAAUGCACUAACUGUGAAGAUCAGCAAGAAGGACAACUCAGUUGAGAACUUCAAAAGAGCAACCAAGAUUCUGGCUCCGGACUCUGAGCCGGUUCACAUAUGGGAUUUCUCUGGACGGACAACUUUCAUAUUGAUGAAUGAAUGGAACCGUAUGCCCCAAGAUCUUCGGUCUUCUGAUCAGGAGAUGCCUCUAGAAAUACAAUUCUAUGAUAUGUCAGAACCUACGUCUAAUGGUGCUGUUGGGAAAAAGGAUGAGUUAGCAUUAACAAUGGGUAGCUCAGUUUUGAGCAACGGCAGUAUCAUGGACAUGGAUCUGGAUUCAUCAAGUGGAAUCUGUAAGCAAGUUGGCUCUGGUUUAACAGGAUUAGACAAUCUUGGAAACACAUGUUUCAUGAACAGUUCCGUCCAAUGCUUGGCUCAUACUUCAAAGCUGGUUGACUAUUUUCUUGGAGAUUACCACAAGGAAAUAAACCCCCAUAACCCACUGGGGAUGAAGGGUGAGCUGGCUUAUUCAUUUGGAGAUUUGUUGAGGAAGUUAUGGACUAUUGAUAGAAGCUCAUUUUCACCUCGCCAGUUUAAGGCAAGGCUUGCACGCUUCGCACCACAAUUCAGUGGCUUUAACCAACAUGAUUCACAGGAGCUUCUUGCUUUCCUAUUGGAUGGACUCCAUGAAGAUUUGAAUCGUGUCAAAUGUAAACCAUAUUCUGAAGCAAAGGAUUCAGAUGGCCGUCCAGAUGAAGAGGUCGCAGAUGAGUACUGGGGCAACCAUUUAGCACGAAACGAUUCUAUUAUAGUGGAUACUUGCCAGGGCCAAUACAAGUCUACAUUAGUUUGCCCACUUUGCAAGAAAGUGUCAGUAACAUUUGACCCGUUUAUGUAUUUAUCUUUGCCCCUGCCUUCGACGACAAUGAGAACAAUGACCAUAACAGUCUUUAGUACUGAUGGCAUUACUGGGCCAAGUCCUUACACGGUGAAUGUGCCAAAGUCUGGUGAUACUAAGACCCUUAUAAAUGCGUUAAGCAAUGCUUGUUCGCUGAGAGACGAUGAACGCCUCCUGGUUGCCGAGGUCUAUAAUAGUUCUAUUAUCCGCUACUUGGAGGAACCUUCUGAAGUCAUCUCCUUGAUCAGAGAUGGAGAUCGCUUGGUUGCAUAUCGGCUUCCGAAAGACAGUGAAGAUGCUCCUAUAGUGGUGUUCAAAAACCAGCGAAUGGAGUCCUCUCUCUCUAGUUUUGGCAGGAAGUCUUGGAAGAAUUUUGGUGCUCCUCUUGUGUCAAGUCUCCCCGGCACAAUCAAUGGGCAUACUAUCUACAAUCUUUUUCUACAGCUUCUGGUGCCAUUCCGAGUAUCGAAAGAUGAUAUUGCAGAUGCUGAUCAAAUAAAUUGCAAAAGCAGUGCUGUGAAUGGAAUUGCAGACAUGGAUAUGGGCUCUGGCGCUGCAGAGUGUGCCAGCAUACAUAAUAAUGCUGGUGAGGAUGCCAUAAUGACUGACACCGCCAUGGAGUUCUACUUGAACAAUGAGAGAUUUCCGGACCAGCACUUCAAGAUUGAAAUGGAUCAAGUUGUUACACCUGGUUUGCGAAAGCGUUUGCAUGUGAUUGUGUGUUGGCAGGAUGAUGGACUCAAGCAAUACAACCUUGACUCUUUGGAUUCUCUUCCAGAGAUUUACAAGUCUGUGCUAUUCGCAAGGAGACCACAAGAAACCUGUUCUCUAUAUGCAUGCCUCGAAGCAUUUAUAAAGGAGGAACCACUGGGCCCUGAAGAUAUGUGGUACUGCCCAGGUUGUAAAGAACAUCGGCAAGCCAGUAAGAAAUUAGACCUUUGGAGGCUACCAGAAAUCCUUAUAAUACACCUAAAAAGAUUUUCGUACAGUCGGUACACAAAAAACAAGCUAGAUACAUUUGUGGACUUCCCAAUUCAUGAUCUCGACUUGUCGAAGUUUGUCCGUGACAGAAGUGGACAGCUGUCCAACCACUAUCAAUUGUAUGCUGUUAGUAACCACUAUGGAAGCAUGGGAGGUGGUCACUAUACUGCAUAUGUUUUUCAUGAAGGGGAGAAACGGUGGUACGACUUUGAUGACCGUAGUGUUGAGCGUGUCGACAAGGAGGAUAGUAUAAAGACAUCGGCGGCUUAUGUUCUCUUUUAUAGGCGGAUACAGGGUGAUAGCAGUAGCUUAGUUACAGAAACAACAAUAGAGUCGGACUGUACAUCAUGAAUUGUAGUGCCGGCUGGCGACUUUUGAGAGCCUGGACUUGACAGUGUUGUAUAGCUGAUUGGUUGCGGCCCGGGGGUCAGCUGUACUUGCCGAGAUCCAACACGGUUGGUUUCUGCUAAUGUAGCAAAAUGACAACAGCAGCAGCAUUUUAUUGCGCUAAUGGAAGGCCAAGGAGCUGAAAUAGUAGCAGAUGGAGCGGAGAAGAGAAGGUGGUGAUUCUUUCCAACACCCUGACUUGGGAAGUUUGGACGUGGUUUGUAGAAGAACUCUGUGGCUAGCUUACAGAUGCAGAUACAGCAGGAUGUUAAAUUGUUGGUUCAUAUCAUGGUAUACCAUAUAGGUGUAUGUUCUCCUCCCAUGAUUAUUUCCUAGGGUUUUGGAAGGAUAGUGAGAGAGAGAUGAAUUUAUAGUGUCUGUAAGUACGUUGUUCGCUGUGUUAAUUGUUUGCCAGUCGGCAUUGGUAAAUUUCGGCUCUUGGGCUGUCAAGGAAUCAAGCCAGCCGAGAUUCAUUAUUUUGUAUACAUACAUAGCAUACAGCUCCAACCAUAGACGGGUAAAGUUAAUUCUUUCGUUGUCGUU